AUGGCAGGAAGGGCCAGUGUAUUGCCUCCAAUAUUUUUCCUGGCGAUUAUUGUUUCUGUCGGGUUCGUUACUUUUGCGGAAGAGCGAGCCUUGUACAUGGUUUUGAUGGAAGGAGACCCGGUCGCAUUCCAUGGAGGUUCUCGAAUAUCAUCUCGUGAAGACAGAAGGCGUCUUGAUCCAAACAGUGAAGUUUUCAAGGCCCAUGCAAAGCGUUUGGUGGAUUCUCAUGACCAACUUCUACAGAGUGCUUUAGAGACUGGAAGCUACAGCAAGCUUUACAGCUUUAAACAUAUUGUAAAUGGCUUUGCUGUCCAUACCACCCCUUCCCAGGCUGAGAAGCUCAAAGCCGCUGCAGGAGUGAAGUUAGUUGAGAGAGACAGAGGAGCAAAGUUGAUGACAACGUACACUCCUGAAUUCCUUGGACUACCCCAAGGAGCAUGGACACACGAUGGAGGAGAUGAUCGUAGCGCCGGCGAGGGAAUCGUGAUUGGUUUUGUGGAUUCAGGCAUCAACCCCACACACCCCAGUUUUGCUUAUGAUCCCCUGCACCCUUUCACCGGAAAUAUCUCUCAUUUUUUGGGAUCUUGCGAAACGGGUCCUCGAUUCCCUGCAAGUUCAUGCAAUGAGAAGAUAGUCUUGGCAAAGUUCUUCUCAGCUGGGGCUGAAGCUGCUGCCACUCUUAACUCUACAGUGGAUUUUCUUUCACCCUUUGAUGCAGUUGGUCAUGGAAGUCACGUGGCAUCAACCGCUGCGGGUAAUGCUGGAGUUCCAGUGGUUGUGAAUGGUUACUACUAUGGAGAAGCAAGUGGGAUGGCACCACGGGCGCGAAUUGCGAUGUAUAAAGCUGUGUAUCCUACAGUGGGAACUUUAACUGAUGUGGUUUCAGCGAUCGAUCAAGCAAUUCUGGAUGGAGUGGACAUCCUAACACUCUCCGUAGGGCCAGAUGAACCGCCCGAAGACACGGUUACCUUCUUAAGCGCGUACGAUAUUGCCAUGUUAUCUGCUCGAAGAGCAGGGGUAUUCGUGGUGCAAGCAACAGGUAAUCAAGGGCCAGGUAUUUCGAGCGUAGUGUCUUACAGCCCUUGGGCUGUAGGUGUCGCUUCAUCUGGCACAGAUAGAACUUAUCCGGGUUCUAUUCUUCUCGGAAACGGCACAAAAAUCGAAGGUGUGGGAUUAUCAGGACCGACUUUUGGAUAUGGUUUACUUCUGCAUAAGUUGGUUUUGGCAAAGGAUGCAGUGAAGGCAGAUGGGACUUUCCCAAGGACUCCGCCUUAUGUCGAAGAGUGCCAAUAUCCAGAAGCAUUGGAUCACAAUGUAGUACUAGGUAGCAUCGUCAUCUGCACCUUCUCGGAUGGAUUCUACAACGGAACAUCCACCCUCACCGCCAUCAUCAACACUGCAAAAGGUCUAGGGUUUAUGGGUUUUAUGCUUGUUGCAAGUCCGGUCUACGGUGAUUUCAUUGCAGAACCUAUUCCUUUUGUUGUUCCCGGCAUUUUGGUCCCUAAUUUAACCAAUUCUCAGGUUAUAUUACAAUAUUAUGAACGAGAAACACACAAGGAGGAGAAAGGAUUUGCUACUCGAUUCGCAGCAAAAGCAGCUAUCGGAGAAGGAAGAGUUGCUUCUUUCAUGGGACAAGCGCCCGUUGUAAGCAGAUUCUCUUCGAGGGGACCAGAUUUUGUAAACACUUCCAGGACUCCUUGUGAUGUAUUAAAGCCGGAUAUUCUUGCCCCAGGGCACCAAAUUUGGGCAGCUUGGAGUCCCGUUAGCGCCUCAGAACCCGCUUUAACAGGGUACAGUUUUGCAUUACAAUCUGGUACAAGCAUGGCAACACCUCAUGUGGCGGGAAUAGCAGCACUCGUCAAGCAGUACAAUCCUUCAUGGACUCCAUCCAUGAUUGCGUCCGCGAUUUCCACCACUGCCACAAAGUACGACAAAAAUGGGGAACUUAUCAUGGCGGAAGGAUCUGGCAUAGGCAGUACAUAUCCUUCCAGCCAUUUUGAUUUCGGAGCUGGACUAGUCAGUCCAAGUCGAGCCCUGGAUCCAGGCCUAGUCUUACCUACCGGAUAUGAAGAUUAUAUCAGCUUCUUGUGCUCAUUGCCUGAAAUCAGUCCAGCUGCAGUUAGAAAUGCAACUGGUGAACCGUGCAAUAACACGCUUGACCAUCCGGCCAAUUUGAACCUGCCUUCGAUAACAAUAUCGGCAUUGAGGGGGUCUCAAAUCGUCCGACGGAUUUUCAAUAACGUGGGGAGCAAGCCAGAGACUUAUGUUUGCUCUGCGGUGUCACCUAAUGGGACAAUAGUAGAUCUGUGUCCAACUUGGUUUAGGAUUGCUCCUGAAGGCAUCCAAGAACUGCAUAUACAAGUUAAAGUGACGCAAGCGAUGGAUGAUUUUACAUUUGGUGAAAUUGUUCUUACUGGAAGUUUAAAUCAUAUUGUCAGGAUACCCUUAUCGGUAUUUCCCGUUUCGAUAUCGAACUGAUGAGAAGUUUUAGCUU